AUGACUCAGUCACUUCCGUCAAAUGCUCUAGAUGAGCCUGAUGCGUCUGCAACGCAGUCCGUUGUGACUGGUACGGGCGUCAUGGAUCUAGAUGAGCCUCAAGUGACAGACAUGCGUCCGCGACAAACUUCACUCGACACUCCUCCUCAACGCGUUGGCAAUGCUGCGCUAGUCGACGACCCAUUCGAUGACGGCAAACGCGGCAGAUUGCCAGAGCCCCGUGGCAGCGCGAUUCUGUCGGCCAAUGCGGCUAAGAGGAAGAAGAAGAAGGCAAACAAGAAGAAAGCGACACCCCUGGGGUCGGUGAAUGCGGUCAGAGGCUUCACACCUACCGAGUCUGGUGCUGAAUCAGAGAUCUCGACCGCGAACACGAGUCCGCGCAUUGCCUCACCUCAACCACGUUUCCCGCCACUAGCUGGCGCGAGUCCCCUCAUUAGGCCUGCCUCGCCUGGUAUCAGCAACCUGAAAGCUCAACUAGAUGCCCUAAAUCUGCGAAGCGCCGCAACAAGUCGCGAGCCUUCCAGAGUGCGACAUAUUGAGUCUGGCGCUGAGAGCAGCGCUGCAAGCGCCGGGUCUGACACUCCCGCCGAAGAGGUGACCGAAGACAUGGAGAGCUAUCACAUUCAUAUCGACCACGACUUUGUCAGUCAGGAUGUGGCUGCAGAGUCCUCCGUCUCGACUGCUACGAUGACCCCAGACCAAAUCGCCAGCUCUCUCAUUGCCAGAAAGAUGACGGCUGAAGACUUCACGCCCAUCAAGUACCUCGGAGACGGUGCCUUUGGCACGGUCUUGCUCGUCCGUCAGAAUGCAACGGGUAAGCUAUUCGCUCAGAAGCAGCUGACAAAGGCGUUCUUGAAAGUUCAUAAGAAGAGGGUUGAGAACACGAUGUCCGAGCGGAGCAUCUUGGAGCUGGUCAACCGACACCCUUUCAUCGUCAAUCUGUACUACGCAUUUCAGGACCACGAGAAGCUCUACCUCAUCCUACAAUAUGCAUCUGGCGGCGAGCUAUUCAGGCAUUUGGAAAUGGAGAAGUUCUUUUCAGAGGAAGUCGCAGCAUUCUAUAUCGCCGAAAUUGUGCUGGCGUUGGAAUACUUGCAUGAGGUGGUAGGCGUCAUCUACCGAGACCUCAAACCAGAGAAUUGUCUUCUAGACGCCGAGGGUCAUCUACUUCUGACCGAUUUUGGCCUCAGCAAGGUUGCAGUUGAGGACGCAAGCACGCCUGGCGGAAGUCGCUGCAAUAGUCUGGGUGUGGGAACAAUCGAAUACAUGGCACCCGAGAUCAUCAGAGGAUCCGACGAGACCUCGUACGGCCCAGGCUACGGCAAAGCAUGCGACUGGUGGUCUCUGGGAGCCAUGGCCUGUGACCUGAUGACUGGCAAGCCCCCGUUCGGUGGGGGUAACUGGACCAAGAUUCAGCAGAACAUUUUGCACGCAAAGCUCGCCCUACCGUAUUACCUAUCACCCGACGCUAAGGACUUAUUGACUCGUUUGCUACGCAAAGAGCCUCGCAAACGACUUGGUGUCGGUCAUGGCGACAUCAACAUCAUCAAGAAGCACAGAUUCUUUCGCAAGAUCGAUUGGGCCAAGUUGGAAGCCAGACAGCUCGAGCCGCCCAUCGUACCGUUGGUCACGAACCCAGAGCUGGCAGAGAAUUUCGCCAAGGAGUUCACAGACAGGACGGUAGAUCCUGUUCAACGGCGCCACAGCAGAGCUAUGAGCCAGUCAGACCCCUUUGGCGGGUUUUCCUACGUGGCAAGCUCUUCCCUGCUGCAGCAAUCGAUGCUUUCAGACCUCGAGGAGGCUGUUGAUGACUAG